GGUCAAACCUUUUAUAACAGGACACUUAUCAGUCAUGUGUGCCAAACAGACAUGAUUUUGAAGAGGAAACCUGUCAGAGCCACAGUCCCGCUUCAGCUGUGGUUCAGUUCUGUUGCAGAUUUAGGUAUCAGGGAGCCAUCAUGAAGCACUUGUUUUUAUUCACCUUUACUCUACUAUUCAUGCAAACCUCAAGCUCAUCAGGGGGCAAGAUUCUGGUGUUCCCAUUGGAUGGAAGCCAUUGGGUCAACAUGAAAGUCCUCAUAGAGGAGCUGCACAGCAGAGGCCACCAGAUCACUGUGCUGCGGCCAUCUGACAGUUGGUACGUGGAAGAAACGUCCCCCUUCUAUACCUCCAUCACUCUCUCAUGUCCUGGCAAAUUUGAGGCAAACUUUGAAAAAUAUUUGUCUCGAAUGCUGGAGAUUCGCCUGGAGAAGAAGCCAGUGUCUUUGUGGUCUAAGCUGUGGACUCACAUCCAGUUGGAGAGAGCACUUAUUGAGCAGUUCUCCCAGUUCCACAGGGAAGUGGGUGAAGUGAUCAUCCACAUGUUUGAAGAUGCAAACCUGAUGCAGUCUUUACAUGCUGCCAAGUACGACUUGGUCCUGACUGAUCCUGGUGUUGGAGGAGGUGCGCUGCUGGCUCGUAAACUCCAAGUUCCUCUGGUUUUUAAUGUCAGGUGGACCAUUCAGGGCGAAGCUCACUUCCUUAUCGCUCCCUCACCUCUGUCAUACAUUCCCUUUACAGCGACUGAGCUGACUGAUAAGAUGACCUUCACUCAAAGAGUAAAGAACGUCUUGGCUUAUUUCUUUGGCAGGUACACUUUAACGUACAUCACAGAACCUGUUUACAAACCCAUUGUCAAGCGCUACUUCGGCCCAGAUGUGGACUACUCCACCGUUUUCCUCGACGCUGACAUCUGGCUCAUGAGGAAUGAUUUUAUCUUUGAGUUUCCACGUCCAACGAUGCCAAACAUCGUCUACAUGGGAGGAUUUCAGUGCAAGCCCUCUAAAGCACUCCCAGCUGAUCUGGAGGAGUUUGUUCAGAGCUCUGGAGAUCACGGGGUUGUAAUAAUGACUCUAGGAACUUUAGUUAGAAACCUCCCCGAAGAAGUCUCUGAGGAAAUAGCUGCAGCCUUUGCUCAGCUGCCUCAGAAGGUAAUUUGGAGGUAUGUGGGACAAAGGCCGGCCAACCUGGGCAGCAACACAUUACUGGUAAAUUGGCUGCCACAAAACGACCUAUUAGGACAUCCCAAAACUCGAGCUUUUGUGACCCACGGAGGCACCAACGGCGUUCAGGAGGCCAUUCACCAUGGCGUCCCUGUAGUAGGGCUUCCUCUGUUCUAUGAUCAGGCUGAUAAUCUCUCCAGAGUCAGAACAAAGGGAGCAGCUGUGAUCGUAGACAUCGGCAUGCUCGAUAGACACGUUUUUAAAGAAGCCCUGAUGACGGUUCUGUAUAACUCCACCUACAGAGGAAGCAUGCAGAUGCUGUCCAAGCUGCACAAAGAUCAGCCCAUGAAACCUCUAAACCAAGCCAUGUUCUGGUUGGAAUAUGUCAUCAGACACAAAGGAGCUCGUCACCUGCAGACACAGUCGCACAAAAUGUCCUGGUUUGUUUACCACUCUGUUGAUGUCAUCGCAGCUUUAUCAGCAGCUGUUUUACUGUCAGUUUUUAUCUGCAUUUCUGUUAUGAGAUUGUUGUACCAGAAGAUUUUUACAGGGAAAAAAGUUAAACAUGAAUGAAGCAAAAAAUAAAAGAAAAAUCACCACUGAAGAAAACGUCGAUGUAACUUUUAAUGGAAAUAAAAACACAAAGAAACACCACA